GAGCCUCUACGUUUGGCCUUUGCCAGAGUAUAAAAGCUUGGGUACAGCGUUGAAGGGACCAGCACGAGCCAGCCUCCCUCACACGGCACUACAAGCUAUACUAACGCAGACUCUCCUGAAGCCCCUCACCAUGUCUCAGACUGCCAAGUCCGCCUCCAGCCAGGGCACUGAUGCCAAGGACAAGGGAGCCCCUGCCCCCGCUGCCUCCAGCAAGGCCACCAAGACCGGCGAGCCUGGCAUGGGAUCCUACAGAAUCAUGCUGUUCGACCAGGAGAACUUCCAGGGCAGGAUGAUCGAGGUCCAGAAUGAGUGUAUGAACGUGUGUGACCGUGGCAUGGAUAGAGUGCGUAGUAUCAUUGUGGAGUGCGGCCCCUUUGUUGCCUGGGAGCAGACUAACUUCCGUGGGGAGAUGUUCAUCCUGGAGAAGGGAGAGUAUCCUCGCUGGGAUACCUGGAGCAACUCCUACCGCAGCGACUGCCUCAUGUCCCUCAGGCCAUCCGCAUGCCACUGUGGGGACAGCAUGGAGCACAAGAUCUGCCAGUAUGAGCUCUCUGACUUCAAGGGCAACAAGAUGGAGAUCCAGGAGGAUGAUGUGCCCACCCUCUGGGCGCAUGGCUUCUGCGACAGAGUGGGCAGCGUGAGGGUGCCUGGAGGAUCCUGGGUGGGUUACCAGUACCCUGGAUACAGAGGCUACCAGUACCUGUUUGAGUGUGGUGACUACAGACACUACAACGACUUCUGCGCCUUCCAGCCCCAGAUCCAGUCCAUGCGUCGUAUCAGGGACAUGCAGUUCCACCAGAGAGGAUGCUUCACCUUCACCUGCCAGCAAGUGAAUGAAUGA